AUAAUUAACACAUUACUGUUUCUUUCUCAAACGUUGUGGGUAUGAAGUGAAGAUGUCUGGGAUAUCAUUCUCCAUCAAGAAGACAGAGCCCUCUAAAGUUAUCAAGAGCCAGAGUGCUGGCAAAGAUGAGGAGAAGAAAGAUUAUGUUCUGGAGCUAGAGGGGAAGGAAAUCAAGAGCACCCUCCCCAGGCACGAGAAGAAGGAGUUGAUUAUCAAGAUGAUUGGUAAGAACAACUGGCGAAUACCAUCGACAUCGCAGAGCAAAGAGACAGGCCUGACUAGUGAGGCCAAGAAGAAAGGCAGUCAAAUCCAGGCAGACAAGAUGGAGGGUAAGAGUUCUGAAGAGAUGCAGCUGGAGAGAGAAGCAGCUGACGCAGUAAUAAGAGAUAUGUGUGAAGCUCAAGCAUUAGCGUCUACUGGAGGGAGUGGUGAUCCUGUCAUCCCUCUGCUGUUACAGAACCAGCCGCCGAUGGUUGAGGGAAAGGAGAAGGAUGAGCUGGCGGACGUUCAACUCAGACCUGAGCAGAGCACACUUGUGGAGUACGACACUGUUCCCAUUGAGAGCUUUGGAGUGGCCAUGUUGAGAGGGAUGGGCUGGGAGAAGGGAACUGCUAUCGGACUAACCAACAAGGGACUAGUGGAACCGAUUGAAUUUACUGGUAGGAUUGGUCGUCAUGGUCUUGGAGCCAUGCCUAGAGCCCCACCCCCUGACAAAAAGCGGAGGAUCAAGAAGCCGGGGGAGGAGGAGAAGAAGAGGCAAGGACCAUACGUUGGCAAAGAUGGACGGGUCAAAUAUUACAAAAGAGUUGGAGAAGAGAUACCUGAUCAACCAUUGCAAGGUUUCGUGGUUGGCAACUAUGUACGAGUACUGAAGGGGCCCCACAAGAACCUCGGUGGAAAGAUUGUCCGAGCUGAUGAGGACACGGGCGGAGUGGUGCUGAAGAUGGCCAUCAAUGGGCAGACUCUCGGCUUCAGUCAGCACCAUCUUGAGUUAGUGAGCAGGGAGGAAUAUCUUCGUACGCCAGAUGACCACUCCCAGAGAGGGGCGGAGUCUGAUGGUAACCAGGGGAAAUCGUAUGGACUAAUCAACAAGAAGGACAGGUCCUCCCAGGAGCCACCAUUAAAGCGUCUCAGAGAAGGCAGAGAUUAUAGCGGCUCUCCUCACAGCAGUCCAAAGAGAAGUGGUACUAAAGACUCUAAAACAACCAGUCAAGACAGAUCAUACUCCAAUCGCCAGGAUCCCUCGGAGAGGUCUAGUAGAGAAGGCAAGAAAGAACGCGGUGAUGAUGACCGGCAGUUGCCAAGGGAACAGUCGUGGUUGUAUCCUCACCUGCGAGUGAGAAUGGUUGAUCAGAGAUAUCGCAAAGGAAGAUAUUACAAUACUAAGGUGGUAAUUCUGGAUGUGAUGAGUGUGGGUGUGUGUGACUGUCAGACUGAGACCGGGAGGCUGCUCGAAGGUGUGACACAGUCCAUGCUGGAGACGGUCGUUCCCCGAGCCGUAAGGUCAAAGGUCAUGAUAGUAGGCGGAGCCAAGAGAGGACAGGUGGCUACAAUUAUGGACCAAGAUCGUCACAAGGCCAAAGCUGUUGUUGAGCUAUCCCUGAGUAAAGAAGUACUGCAAGUCGAUUUCGACAAUAUCUGUGAAUACACAGGAACAAUUGACGAUGAUAUGUGAACAGAAACUUUACCACCAUAAUUAAUACAAUGAUGUAUGACCUCUUAUUUUUACAAUUCUAUUUAUGGCUAUGUUUUUGGCAUUCUACUGUUCUUCAUUACACAG